UUGCAGGAUUACACAAGCAAGUAUGAUCCUGAUGUUCACUUGACCAAACGUCUAAACUUUUCUUCUGCAACUCUGCCAAAUAUGUUCCAGAGGAGCAUAGAAAGUUACAUAGAUAAAAGAAUGGGCACCACGUAUGGUCCUCCAGCAGGGAAGAAAAUGACUGUCUUUAUUGAUGACAUCAACAUGCCUGUGAUAAAUGAAUGGGGUGAUCAGAUCACCAACGAGAUUGUAAGACAGCUGAUGGAACAGAAAGGUUUCUACAAUUUGGAGAAGCCAGGAGAGUUCACAAAUGUGAUUGACAUCCAGUUUAUAGCUGCUAUGAUUCACCCUGGGGGAGGUCGGAAUGACAUCCCACAGCGCCUGAAACGCCAGUUCACCAUCUACAACUGCACACUGCCUUCCAGUUCCUCUAUUGACAAAAUAUUUCAAACAAUAGCUGAAAGCUAUUUCUGUGAACAACGAGGUUUCCCUGCAGAAAUAUGUAAAUUGGCUUCAGCAUUAGUAUCUACAACUCGAAAGGUUUGGCAAACAACAAAAGCAAAGAUGUUACCAACUCCAUCUAAAUUUCAUUACAUCUUUAAUUUGCGAGACCUCAGUCGUAUUUGGCAAGGAAUACUUACAGUUACUUCUGAAGUCUGCCAGAGCAUCAGUGUUUUGGUAGCCUUGUUCCAGCAUGAAUGCAGACGUGUUAUUGCAGACAGAUUCAUCAGCCAAAGUGAUAAAGACUGGUUUGAUGAUAUGAUGAAAAAGAUUGCUUCUGCAGAACAUGGUCAAAAUCUAUUUGAAGAUAAAUCCACAGAAUUAUACUUUGUAGAUUUUUUGCGUGAUAUCCCAGAAGCUAUUGGAGACGAAGCUGAUGAUGCAGAGUUGAAGGCUCCUAAAAUUUAUGAGCCUAUCCCAUCUUUGGAUUAUUUAGCUGAAAGAUUACAGGUGUUCAUGCAACAGUACAAUGAAACCAUCAGAGGAUCAAAGAUGGAUUUAGUGUUUUUCAAGGAUGCUAUCAUCCAUUUGAUUAAAAUAUCACGGAUUAUUCGUACUCCACAAGGAAAUGCUUUGUUGGUGGGUGUGGGUGGAUCUGGAAAACAGAGUCUGACCAGACUAGCAUCAUAUAUUGCUGGAUAUGAGACCUUUCAGAUUACUUUAACAAGAACAUAUGCCACCAAUAACCUUUUGGAUGAUCUGAAAAUCUUGUACCGCACUGCUGGGCAAAAAGGAAAGGGCAUUGUCUUUAUAUUCACAGACAAUGAAAUCAGAGAUGAAUCAUUUCUUGAGUACAUGAACAAUGUUUUGACUUCAGGUGAAGUCUCAAAUCUUUUUGCACGAGAUGAAAUAGGUGAAAUCACACAAGACCUGAUACUGACAAUGAAGAAGGAGUAUCCAAAGCGUACUCCCACUGGUGAAAAUCUUUAUAAUUACUUUCUUGCCCGAGUUCGUAAUAACCUUCAUGUAAUUCUUUGUUUUUCUCCUGUCGGAGAAAAAUUCAGAACUCGUGCACUCAAAUUUCCAGGUCUGAUCUCAGGCUGUACCAUGGAUUGGUUCCAGCGCUGGCCUAAAGAUGCUCUUGUAGCAGUUGCACAGCAUUUUUUAGUUUCCUACCAUAUUGAGUGCACAGAUGAAGUGAAACAGAAUGUUGUUAACACCAUGGGAACAUUUCAAGAUAUUGUAGCUGAAAAAUGUGUUGAAUACUUUGAACGAUAUAGGCGACGAACAUUUGUGACUCCAAAAUCUUACCUGUCCUUCAUUCGAGGCUACAAAGCUAUUUACAAAGAGAAGUUUGCCUAUGUUGGAAGUUUGUCUGAACGCAUGAGAACAGGUCUUGCAAAACUAAUGGAAGCUGAGGUUUCAGUAAAUCAGCUCUCCAAAGAGCUGGUGAUGAAGGAGAAAGAUUUGGCUGUAGCUUCAAAAAGAGCUGAUGAAGUUUUAUUGGAAGUAACUAUAAAAGCCCAAGCUUCCGAAAAGGUGAAAAUGCAGGUGCAAAAGGUAAAAGACAAGGCUCAGGCCAUUGUGGAUGACAUUGCCAGUGAUAAAGCAGCAGCAGAAGAGAAACUUGAAGCUGCAAGACCUGCACUGGAAGAAGCCGAGGAAGCCCUGCAGACAAUAAAGCCUUCUGACAUUGCAACUGUUCGCAAACUGGGUAAACCUCCUCACUUGAUAAUGAGAAUUAUGGAUUGUGUGCUACUUUUAUUCCAAAGAAAAAUAGACUCAGUAACACCUGAUCAAGAACAUCCCUGUGUGAAGCCAUCAUGGACUGAGGCUCUGAAGCUAAUGAAUAAUUCAGGAUUUCUUAGCAUGUUGCUUACUUUCCAGAAGGACUCAAUUACAGGAGAAACUGUGGAGCUUUUAGAGCCUUAUUUGGAUAUGGAGGAUUAUAACCUUGACACUGCUAAAAAAGUGUGUGGAAAUGUAGCAGGUCUUUGCUCGUGGACAAAAGCAAUGGCUUACUUCUAUGGUAUUAAUAAGGAAGUUCUUCCUCUUAAGGCAAAUUUAGCCUUGCAAGAGGGAAGACUUGCAGCUGCCCAAAUAGAACUGAAUAAUGCACAGAUUCAGCUGGAUGAGAAGCAAAUGGAACUGGAUCAAGUACAGGCCAUGUAUGAUACUGCUAUGAAGGAGAAGCAAGCCUUACUUGAUGAUGCUGAGGCAUGCAGAAGGAAGAUGAAAAAUGCCACAGCACUGAUUGAAGGAUUAGGUGGAGAAAAGCUUCGUUGGACAGCAAGCAGCAAAAACUUUCAAAAUCAAAUUAUUAAUUUAGUGGGGAAUGUUCUUCUGGCCACUGGAUUUCUCUCUUACUCUGGACCUUUCAAUCAGGAGUACAGGAAUUUGCUGCUCCAAUUGUGGAAGAAAGAGAUGGACAACAGCAAGAUUCCAUACAGUAAUGAAAUGAACCUUACUGGUAUACUUGUGGACAAUGCUACAGUGAGUGAAUGGAACCUCCAGGGUCUUCCGAAUGAUGAUCUUUCAAUUCAGAAUGGCAUCAUUGUCACAAAAGCAUCUAGGUAUCCUUUGCUGAUUGAUCCACAAGGUCAAGGAAAGAUCUGGAUUAAAAAUAAGGAAAAGAAUAAUGGACUCCAGGUUACAGCUAUGAACCACAAGUUCUUCAGAAGUCAUAUAGAAGAUUGUCUGUCCCUUGGCCGACCUCUGUUAAUUGAAGAUGUUGGAGAAGAACUUGAUCCUGUUCUAGAUAACAUCUUAGAAAAAAAUUUCAUAAAAUCUGGUUCAGCACACAAAGUGAAAGUAGGUGACAAGGAGGUAGAUCUGAUUAAGGGGUUUACACUUUACAUUACAACAAAAUUGGCUAAUCCUGCCUAUACUCCAGAAAUUAGUGCAAGAACAACUGUGAUUGACUUCACUGUUACUGUGAAAGGGCUGGAAGAUCAACUCCUUGGCCGUGUCAUCCUCACAGAAAAACAGGAACUGGAGGCAGAAAGAGUUAAACUGAUGGAAGAAGUGACAUCUAACAAGAGGAAAAUGCAGGAGCUUGAAGAUAAUCUGCUCCUUCGUCUAACAAGUACAGAGGGCUCUUUGGUUGAAGAUGAGUCUCUGGUAGAAGUCCUAAGAAUCACUAAAACAACAGCAGAAGAGGUCAGUGAAAAAUUAAACAUAGCAGCGGAGACAGAGGUGAAAAUCAAUACUGCACGUGAAGAGUAUCGUCCUGUUGCUGGUCGUGGUAGCAUCCUUUAUUUCCUAAUUGUGGAAAUGAGCUUGGUUAAUGUCAUGUACCAAACAUCCUUACGGCAGUACCUUGGCAUUUUUGACCUAUCAGUGGAAAGAUCUCAGAAAUCUCAGAUCACAGCAAAAAGGGUAGUUUAUGUAAUCGAGCAUCUCACCUAUGAAGUCUUCAAGUACACAGUUCGAGGGCUGUAUGAAAAUCACAGAUUUCUGUUUACGUUGCUUCUGGCACUGAAGAUUGACUUGCAGGCCAAGAAAAUUUCACAUGCUGAGUUUGAGACACUGAUCAAAGGAGGUGCCAGUUUGGAUCUGAAUUCUGUGCAACCAAAGCCAAAAAAAUGGAUCCUUGACAUGACAUGGCUCAAUCUUGUGCAGUUAUCCAGCUUGUACCCUUUUAAUCAACUUCUGGUGCAAGUUGUUAGGAAUGAGAAGUCUUGGAAAGCUUGGUUUGAUGAAGAAGCACCUGAAAAAGCUGUUAUUCCUGAUGGGUAUGACAGCUUACUGGACCAAUUCCGUAAACUGCUCCUUGUCCGUAGCUGGUGCCCUGAUCAUACUGUUGCCCAAGCUCGACACUACAUUGCAGAAUCUCUUGGGGGGAAAUAUGCAGAAGGAUUUAUUCUUGAAAUGGAAGCCAUGUGGACAGAAAGUGACUGUCGAACACCUUUGACAUGCUUUUUGUCAGUGGGGUCUGACCCCACUGAAAAUAUAGAACGUCUUGCAAAAUCAAAGAACAUUCCCUGUUAUGCCAUUUCAAUGGGUCAGGGCCAGGAAGUCCAUGCAAGGCGCCUGUUAAAUCAAUGCAUGCAAGAUGGAGGAUGGCUCCUUCUACAGAACUGCCACCUUGGCUUGGAGUUUCUUAGUGAAUUAAUGGACACCAUCACAACAACAGAAUCUAUGAGUGAAGGUUUCAGGACCUGGAUCACUACAGAGGCUCACCCAGACUUUCCCAUUAAUCUUUUACAGUCCUCUAUCAAAUUUACUAAUGAACCCCCUCAAG